AUGACUAGCGAAAAUAUCACCAGUACAAGCCAUGCCGAUUCCAGUGGCCCAGUGGUCGACGCAAAGCUCCGAGUGCGCUCACUGCCUGAUGGUACAGAGUUUCAAGUGAGCCGCCAUGCUAUUAAAACAUGCGAGGUGUUCCGGAAUAUGUUUGCAUGCUGCGACCACGGUUUCGAGUUAGUGGGUGAUAACGAGCGUGGGCCCCAGGAAGCAGUUCUCGACUUGGAUGAAACGGAGCAUGCUUUAGCAACUUUGUUCCGCCUCAUUCAACAACCCCCCGACCCUCCUCCGAUGGAGAACUUCAGAUGGAACGAGAUCUCGUUUCAAAUUGGACGCAGGCUCAGUCAUCCCGUUCCCGCCAAUGCUUCGACGAAUCCGCUCCCCGUUUAUGCAUAUGCCACAGCGCAUAACUUGCCGAAGAUUGCGGCAGACGCAAGCGCUCACCUCUUACAUCCCCCAUUAUCGUCAUACACCAAAGAGGAUAUACGAAUCAUUCCCACUGUCACCGCAUACCAUGAGCUUCUGAGGCUCCAUGAAUACCGGAAAUAUAAACUGAGAGAUAUCCUACUGAAUGAAGACAUAUUUCCACACGGAUACGGCACUUGCCCUGCGCACAAGCAGUGGGCCACUCAGCUAUGGGAACAGAAGCGGGUGUACCUGGCCACCCAAAUCGAAGCAGCUACUGAUAUAGCGGAGGAGAUGCGUGACUUGGCUGGCCAGCUUUCGCCUUGCCCCCUGUGUCACAAAGCUUUGACAGCUGCCGUGGAUAUGCUUCAGUAUAAAUGUCGGAGAGUUGCAAGAACCGUAGAUUACGUGCCGCAGGAUUACUGGCUCGAUGCAAUCUAA